AUGAUACUACAAUUUUCAGUUUACAUCGCAGGAGGACUUGUAGUUUUUGCGCUCAACAUAUUUUAUUUUGCUGCAAUCGUUCGAACAAAGAUAAAUCGUGAAAGAUACGGCCUCACAGGAAUGGAGUUUUUCGCGGAUGGUUUAAUGGGAUUUGCAAUAACAUUAGCUGGUGCGACACGUAACGCGCAAAUUUUUCUAGGAAAUCAAAAUGGUACAGUUUCAAGAAUAAUUUGUGUGAUUAUGCCGCAUAAUGUUAUUUUGGCCUGGACAGAGCCGAUGACCGCUAUAUCAAUGCUUGUAGUUAGUAUUGACCGGUUAAUUUCAAUCGUCAAACCUAUUUUGUAUUAUAAAAAAAUGUUGAAUAUUCAGCAUUAUUUGAUAGCUGGCAGCAAUCUAUCAAUCCUUUUAUUGAUAUCUGCAAGUGUACUUUGCUCAUAUCUAAAUAAUGUCAAAGUGCAUUCUUUCUGCUGGACACCAAAUAGCCGAUGUCCAAUAUUCAAUCGAAUAUUCUAUGGCACACGCAUUAGUGCAGCUACUGGAAGUGUUAUACUUUACAUUGUCACUUUAUUUAUGGUGCGACGAUAUAGCAAAAGGAUAAAAGAACAACAGAAUUCCGAAUCAGUUAAGAUAAACAAGCGUCAAUUAAACUUUACAAAAACCGUAGGUUUGUCGUGUUUUGCGACUGCUGGCCUAUAUGUUUUGCCUAUGAUUAUCGCAUUCUACGAAACGAGUGAUGAAAUCAUACCAAAUUCUGUUUACUCAGUAAUUGUUAUCAUUUCAUUUUUAAAUUCUUUUUCCAAAACAAUUAUUGUUGGCUGUCGUUCACAUGAAAUUCGGGAAGCGGUUAUAGAUCUGAUGCCGGGCGCAUUUCGUAUAUUUGGAAUACAUAAAGCACAAACUGCGAAAGUGAUCGAAUUCAAGACUCGACAACACUGUACAACUGCAUGUUAG